CCUCGCAGUAUGCAGCAAUAGGUUAGACCAACCCAAGUCAAUACGCCGAUACUGCACGUUGUAUGACACUAUCACGGUUCUCCACAUAUCACUAUACGUUCCAGAUCAAUGUAGGCCUUCAUGGGAUUUAUGUUAAGUUUACCUUACUCCGAACUCUGCGUCACAUUGUCCGCUUUUGGGAGCUAUCGGGAUUCAAGUAUAGUCUCCUCUCAAUGAAAUGACUCUCAUCCUUUCGGAUCCACGUCAC